AUGAAAUCACUCAUCAACUUUGGAGUCUUCCUGGGCUCAAUCUAUGCGGUUGGCGUUGCAGCCUUCCAGAACCCUAUUCGUAAACCUGGUCCUGAUCCGUCUGUCGUUUUUGCCAAUGGCUUCUAUCACCUAACAUAUACCUCCUAUGACCAUAUUGAGAUCACCCGGUCCAAGACGCUGGGAGGCUUGUUAACUGGAGAAACGAAGACAAUAUGGUCUGACACGAACACUACUCGCAAUGCCAAUAUGUGGGCCCCAGAAAUCCACAAGAUUGAUAACAUUUGGCACAUGUUCUAUUCGAGCUGCGACUCAGCUUUGCCCUGCUGCGACAGCUGCCAUACUCGUGUUCUUCGAGGGUGCAACAAAGCAACACCAUUCGACUAUCUUGUUCCUCCGACAGGCUCACUGGGUGGCCCCAAGUCUGAUUUUGCCUUUAGUAUUGACGGAACGUAUCUCGAAAUCCCAGGAAAGGGAAGAUACCAUGUAUUGAGCAUAAUCAACAAGGAUGAGCUGCAGUCCAUCGCUAUUACUAAACUUGACACUAAGAAAUGGACCGUCGACGGUUGGCAUGUCAUUUCGGUUCCUGACCAGCCUUGGGAAAAGAACACAACCAACUCAAAUCCCAACAGUAUCACUGCUGUCAAUGAGGCCCCUCAUCCUCUCUACCACAAUGGUGAAAUCUGGCUCGCGUAUUCAGCUUCAUACUGUGGGACUCCCAACUACUCGCUCGGACUCCUGCGUUACAACGGAGGCGAUCCGUUAAAGGCUUCAUCAUGGGUUAAGAACGGUCCUGUUUUCUCACAAGCCAACGGCAACUACGGAACUGGCCACAACUGCUUCUUCACAUCUCCAGAUGGAAAAGAGACCUGGAAUGCUUUCCACGCCACCAAUAAUCCUAAGGGGUCUUGUGGCACAGACAGAUUCACUCUUGCACAGAAGGUUACUUUUAAGUCCGGAAACGUGCCUGACUUUGGAAUUCCACAGCCACUUUCAGCUAUUUUGCAGCCUCCCAGUGGAGAGUAA